AACUAAUGGUUCGGGUUGUUGGGCGAGAAAACGAGAAGAAAAAAACGUUAAUUAUUCGGGUCGUGCCGGAGGCAGUUGGAUUGGAAGUUUCAUAAACGGUGAACUGAAAGCAGAAGAAGCAGAAGAUGGAGCAGAAAAAUUGGAACCUUCUGGACGAAGCGCUGGGGCUUCACAACAAUGACAACGCGAAGCCAUGGCCUUUGUGUGGUCGCUUUGUUCUUGUGGAGGACUGUGUUGACACAAGCGCCGCUUUCGUUCUUCACCACAUCCUCAAACGCUCCUUCUCUUCUCACCCUUCUUCCGCCGUUCUCUUGCUCGCUUUUUCUCAUCCUUUCUCCCACUACGAUCGCGUCCUCCGAAAGCUCGGUUGCAACUUAACUGCUCAAAGAGAUAAUGGCAGAUUAUUUUUCCUUCCUAUGCUUAUGUUUCAGUGUCCAGGUGAAGGAAAACCCAAUCAUGAUGGGCUUGCUUCUGUGUUUGAGCAAAUUGAAAGAGUGAUCACUGUGUUACAUCAAGACAAGAAAUCCAUCUCUAUCAUUAUAGAUGAUAUAUCUUUUCUUGAAGUUGCUGCUAAUGGUUCUUCAGAUGAUGUUUUGAACUUGAUGCAUUAUUGCCAUACGUUAACAUCAGAAUAUGGUUGUGCAUUUAUUGCACUUGAUCAUAAAGAUAUUUAUUUGAAUGGAGACAGGACUGCUGUUAUCUUAGAGAUGGAGUACCUUGCUGAGAUUUUGGUCAAGGCUGAACCAUUGGCCACUGGUUUAGCGAAAGAUGUGCAUGGUCAGUUGAUGGUGUUGAAUAAGGAAACACAACAUCAGCAUGGAAUUACAGCCAUUAAGAGUUACAAUUUUCACUUCAAGAUCAAGGAAACUGGCAUCGAGUGCUUUUAUCCUGGUACAAAAAUCCAAUGAUGAUCGAUGAUGCUUGAUAGGAAGAAUACUUACUCGAUUUUGUGAGAUGAUAGAAUCCAAUGCGAUUAUACUUGAAUUGGUGAUUGACACAGUUAGAGUUAUUGGUUUUAUUUGUGCAUCACUGACUGGUUUCAAUGAUUUUUUUCACUUGAUCUUGUAUUAUGUGAGUAAUGAAAGCCUUGGAGCACUAAAUUUUUGCCAUACAUUCAUAAUGGAUGCAUAAGGCUAGAUUUAAAUAAAGUAAUAUUAAUUAUUUGUAUAGUUUUAA